AUGCCAUCGUCACGCGCCGUCAAGAUGGCGGCUGUUGCGCUGCCCGCCGCGCUUCUCGCCUCCACAGCCCUCGCCGCAUCAGAGUCGUGCAUCAGCCUCAAGGGCAGCUCCAUGUGCCCAUCCUUCCAGAACAACUUUGUGCGCCCGAGCAACCUCUCGUCCGAAUUCGGCUUCUUCGAGACCGUCACAGAUGUCGCUUCCUUUGACAGCCUCUUCCAGUACUACAUGACCUCGCAAAAUGGCUACUACAACGACAAGAUCCAGGACGGCCUCGGCUGCAACACGACGCUCGCCCAGAACGUCACGGUGCAGUGGCAGCAGACCGUCUUCUGCUCGCAGUUCUCCGAGGCGUCGUUCCAGUCCGGCUGCACCGCCGAGGUGCCUCCCACGCUCGUCUGCCAGGAGACGUGCAACCAGUUCGCCUCGUCCGAGGAGGACAUUGUCGACAACACCGCCUACUGCCGCUCCACCAACGAGCUCAACUCGUUCCAGCGUAGCGUCCGACAAGACACGCUCUCCAACGACUACUACACCUGCACCGACUACAGCUCGCUCGCCACCACCAACGUCAACUCGUGCGCCACCGGCAUCGAGAACGAAGGCAGCUGCGGCUUUGGCUACUCGAUCGACCAGCUCUGCGCCUUCUGCGACCCCGCCGGAGGCCUCACGCCGCCCCCCUGCUGCACCGAGUCGCGCACCGAUCUCUCCCAGUGCGCCCAGUGGGGUCACCCGCUCGCGGCUACCAUCCGCCCCACCACCACCAUUGCUACCAACGUGCCUGGCGCCGCUCAGUCCACCGCCGCCGCCGGCGCUUCCGCCUCGGCCAACUCGGCCACCGUCACCGGCGCGGCUGCCUCGGCCACCGCUACCAACGGUGGCAACACCGGCAACGGUAGCAACGGCGCCAACGGAGGCUCGUCGCGUGCCAGUGGUGCGGCUGCAUCGUCCACCGCCGCCAUGGGCGCUGCGGGUGCCAACAUGGCAGGCGAGGGUCAGCAGCUCGUGAGUGCCAACGACCAGGUGUUCAGCAAGGCCGAGCUCGCCGGCAUCAUCGUGGGCUGCUGCGUAGGCGCGGCUCUGCUCGGUGCGCUGCUUGCGCUGCUCUGCUUCCGCAGGCGCGGCGAUAAGGGCGACACGGAGAAGAACACCAUCUACGGCGACGCUGCCAACGAGAGCCACGUCGAGCGCCCCUGGAUCCAGAGCGAGGAGGCCAUGCUCAAGUCGCCCGAGCUCGGCCGGCCCUCGACGGACGCCAAGUUCGCCAAUGCCGCCGGCGUGGGUGCGCUCACGGGUGCUGCUGCCGUUGCGGCUGCCAAGGGGCGCGACUCGGCGGACGAGCGUCCGAACAGCGCCAUGAGCGGCGAGACGGGCACCGACGGACGUGGCACCACCAUCCCUGCGGUCAAGGACCAGUACUCGUCGCACGACAUCUGCCCCGGCGAGACCGUCGUGGCCAUCUACCCGUACAACGCCACGCUCAACGACGAGAUCACGCUGCAGCCCGACGACGUCGUCACUGUGCAGAGGCUCUACGAUGACGGCUGGGCGCUCGGCCGCACCGAGGCGGGCGGCGAGGGCGCGUUCCCGCUCGUCUGUGUCACCUCGACCAAGGGCGGCACCUCGGGCUCGGGCGAGAACCUCGGCGGCUCCACCAGCGGCGGCGUCACCAGCGCCAACGAGGGCGGCGUCACUUCGUCAGCCGACGGCGCCGUCACCGCCGAAGAAGGCGGAUUCACCUCGGACGCGCACAGCCGUCACUAG